AACAGCUGCGACGCAUACAACAAGCAAAAAGGAAAUUAAAGAAAAUUGUGUAAAAUUCGCCAAUAUGACGUCGCCACUGGAAAGUCUGGAGACGCAAUUGGAAAUGUUUAUAGAGAAUGUGCGGCAAAUACGCAUUAUAGUGAGCGAUUUCCAGCCGCAAGGCCAAAACGUCUUGAAUCAGAAAAUCAAUAGCUUGGUAACGGGUCUGCAGGAAAUAGACAAGUUGCGGCCUUUGGUGCAGGAUGUGUAUGUGCCCUUUGAGGUGUUCUUUGACUACAUUGACCAGGACAAGAACCCACAGUUGUAUACAAAGGACUGCGUGGAAAAGGCGCUGGCCAAGAAUGAGGAGGUGAAGGGUAAAAUCGAAAGCUUAAAGAAAUUUAAAUCCAACCUGUUGCUGGAACUGUUCAAGACUUUUCCCACAGAAAUGAACAAUUAUCGCGCCUAUCGCAAAGACUUGAUCUAAGCCUAGUUUGGGAAAAUUCAUAAUUUUAAAAGCAAUAAUAACUUCAAAAUAUAUAUAC